GAUAUGAUCCUUAAAGAAGAUCAGUAUUUUAGCGUAAAUAGAAUUCUACUGCUCAUUAUCGGCUUAUGGCCCUACCAACAAUCCAACUUUGCCAGAUUUCAACACAUUUUCAUCUCUAUUAUAUUCACAACGUAUAUUAUAUUUCAGUUGACAGCAUUUUUAACAUUAAGAUGUACUUUUGAAGUCUUAAUGAAUGUUUUGUCUUGCAUGAUUUACAUGACUAUUCCUAUAAUAGAAUAUAACACGUUCUGUUUUAACAUCGAAGGUGUGAAAGAUUUAUUGAUACAGCUUCAGCACAUCCAUAACAAACUAACAAAUAAAAAUGAAAUCGCUAUCAUGAAAAAAUAUGUGUGCACUGCGAAACAUUAUACGGUUGGACUUACAACACUUGGAGUUUACUGCCUAUUUGCUAGCGUUGUAGUACAAUUUUCAUUAAAUAUGACUAAUGUUGAUCUAUCGACGAAUAAAUCUCGACCAUAUCAAUUUCUAUUUACAAUGGAGUAUUUCAUCGAUCGAGAAAAGUAUUUUUAUUUGAUUCUGCUCCACAUGAACGCAGCUAUUUGCAUUGCAGCGAUUGUAGCAACAGCAAUUGGUACAAUGGGAAUUGCAUAUAUUUAUCAUAUCUGUGGAAUGUUUAGAAUCGCUAGUUAUCGUAUCGAGAAUGCAAUAAAUAUCGACAUUCUACAAACUACGCUGAAAAAUAAGAUUUUGAUGAUUGAAGGCAUAAUUUGUGCCGUCGACAUUCACCGGCAAGCUAUGAAAUUAAACAGGCACUUUAUAUCAACAUUAGAGAUAAUGCUGUUUUACAUAUUAGCAUGUGGUGUGUUUUCUUUGAGCUUAAACUUGUUUCAA